CCCAGUGUAAGGGAGGAUUAUUUUGUGUUGUAAACUAUGAUUUAACCUAAUUUUUAGACGAAGUUUGGGUGUGUCACUCGCGUUCUGCGACGCGAUGUAUCCCAACGAGGAGAACGGAUGUGGGAGUUCCUCGACGCCCGACAAGACAGACGGCGAUAAAAUUCGCGCAUCUGCAUCGCGUCGUCGGGGCUUCCCAUCCCCUCCACGUGAAGAUCGACCCGAAUGUCCGCAAGCCGUUGUUGAUGAAGGUUCCGGAGCGGAUGAGCCCGGGCCUUCCACCAGUCGUGAAAUGAACACGAGGUACGAUUGGUCUCAGUGUCGUCAGCUUCGACCUCAGCACCACCAUCAUAGACCAAAGCCGUUCGACUCUGAGCCAAGGCAUGGAUCUCGGGCUGCAGGAGGCCGCAACAUUCCAUUAUCCCAGGAUGACGAUGAAGAUUUGGAGGGUGAAGCGUUUGUACCAGACGACAGCUCUCCAGCUGAUAGUCAGCGGGAUCGUAACGUUGAAUGUAUUUUCCGCACAACGACUGUCUCACUUCCGAAGCGUUCGCCGCCAAUUAUGACUGCUGUUCCUCCUAAGAGACUGAAGCGUGAAUGCAGUGAAGAAGCAGAUCUGCGGAAUAGCGCUUCUACAUAUUUUUCUUACAAACUUCCGGACGAGGUUCUUCUUAAAAUUUUUUCUUACCUCAGAGAAGAAGAUCUCUGUCAUGUUGCGCAAGUCUGUAGAAGAUUUCAUACUGUCAGUAACGACAGUAAUCUAUGGAAGCGUGUUUUCCAAUCCGUGUUUGAAUACUCACGACCAUUGUUCCGAACAAGCUCUGGAUACGAAUUCCUGGGCGAUUCAACACAUACCACUACAACGACGUCUACUUCGUAUACCCAUCAUUCGAAUGCGUAUAUGCUGGCACAUUUGCAUCAUGGCUAUAGACAGCGACAGAGACUUCCACCUGAAACCACAACCCGGGUACCGACUACAAACGGAGCGAACUGUGCUUGGAAGGAAAGCUUCAGGCAAUUACGUUACGCGGUACACGUGUGGCCGCGCAGGAAGAAGAAAGAUAGUCACUUAGUUGUAUUCGACACAAUCGAGCAAGCAUUGAGAAGCUGUGAAUCCCAAUCGCGGCAGGGCUCGAAGCCGCCGUUGGUCGUCGUCCACCCUGGCGUUUACAGGAACGAGCAAGUGGUCAUUAAUUUUGAUGUUCAUCUCAUCGGUGCCGGUCCGGAUCCAGCAGCAGACGUAAUCUUGGAUCGAGAUAGCGAUUACACCGUGGUAUUCCUUGAAGGUGCGCGCGAUGCUUAUAUUGGAUACAUGACGCUGCGUUUCAAUGCCGAUGCAUCUGCUUCACCUCCAUUUGUUGCCGUUGCCGACCGCAAUCAGGCUCAAAAUAAUAACGGAGCUCCCGCAGGUGGAGCAAUGGCAGCUGCUGCAGCUCAUAAUCCUCGUCACUAUUGUGUUGAAAUCACGGGUCCUAAUUGUUCGCCAACAUUGGAAAAAUGCGUUAUCAGGAGUUCGUCGGUUGCUGGCGCGGCAGUCUGUGUGUCUGGCCAGGGCGCGAAUCCAGUCAUCCGUAACUGCGACAUAUCCGACUGCGAAAACGUCGGUUUGUUCGUCACUGAUUCAGCUGAAGGCCUCUACGAAGGAAAUGAAAUCUCCCGCAAUGCUCUUGCUGGUGUAUGGGUUAAAAACCAGGCGAAUCCUAUCAUGCGACGCAAUCACAUUCAUCACGGACGAGAUGUCGGCGUGUUCACUUUUGACGGUGGUAGAGGGUAUUUUGAAGGGAAUGAUAUUCACGACAAUCGCAUUGCUGGUUUCGAAGUGAAGGCCGGUGCCGAUCCGUUCGUUGUUGGAUGUGAAAUUCAUCACGGACAAACCGGCGGUGUUUAUAUACAUGAGCAUGGGCUCGGACAAUUCGUUGAAAACAGAAUUCAUUCCAACACAUAUGCUGGGGUCUGGAUCACGUCGCAUUCUAACCCAACCAUCAGAAGAAACGAAAUAUAUGAUGGUCACCAAGGCGGGGUUUAUAUUUUUGGGGAUGGGCGAGGAGUAAUAGAGUACAACAACAUCCACGGAAACUCAUUGGCAGGUAUCCAGAUUCGCACCAAUUCUCAUCCCAUUGUACGACACAACCGAAUUCACCACGGUCAGCACGGCGGUGUUUACGUGCACGAAAAGGGUCAAGGUUUAAUAGAAGAGAACGAAAUUUACGCAAAUACCUUGGCAGGGGUUUGGAUCACUACCGGGAGUACCCCUGUCUUGAGACGAAAUCGGAUCCACUCAGGAAAGCAGGUUGGUGUCUACUUCUACGACAACGGUCACGGUUGUCUCGAGGACAACGACAUCUUCAACCACCUGUACAGUGGUGUACAAAUCAGAACGGGGUCGAAUCCAGUGAUCCGACGAAACAAGAUCUGGGGCGGCCAAAACGGCGGUGUAUUAGUUUACAAUGGGGGACUCGGACUACUAGAAGGAAACGAGAUAUUUGAAAAUGCCAUGGCUGGGGUGUGGAUCAAGACGGACUCGACGCCCACGCUGCGGCGAAACAAAAUAUACGACGGGCGAGACGGCGGCGUGUGUAUCUUUUCCAAUGGGAAGGGCGUGUUGGAAGAGAACGAUAUAUUUCGCAACGCCCAAGCGGGUGUAUUGAUAAGUACCGGCAGUCAUCCGGUGCUCCGAAGGAACAGAAUAUUUGACGGACUUGCCGCGGGGAUAGAAAUUACGAACAACGCUUCGGCGACGCUGGAACGUAAUCACAUCUUCAACAAUCGUUUCGGUGGCCUGUGUUUGGCGUCCGGGGUCCAACCACUCAUCGUUGGCGGGAACGAGAUGUACAACAACUUGGACGCCGUAAACGGCGCCGUGGCCCGCGGACUAUGUCUCUACAAGAUCUCUUCCUACACGUCGUUCCCGAUGCACGACUUCUAUCGGUGUCGGACAUGUCGCACGACGGACCGGAACGCCAUUUGCCUAAACUGCAUCAAAAGCUGUCACGCGGGCCACGACGUGGAGUUUAUCCGACACGACCGGUUCUUUUGCGACUGCGGCGCCGGAAGUUUGAGCGGUGUGUGUUUGCUGCAAGGGGAGCCGACGCAAGACACGGAUACUUUGUACGAUUCUGCCGCCCCGAUGGAAUCACACACUGACAUGAUGGGGCAAUGA